AAUGGCAGAUGGGUGGACAAACAAGAGAGGGAGAACAUUGCUUAAUUUCCUAGUAAAUAGUCCAAGGGGAACCAUGUUUAUUGAAUCGAUAGAUACUUCUUCUUUUUCAAAGGAUGGUGCAAAGAUGUUUGACUGACUUAAUAAAUUUGUGAACCGCAUUAGAGUAGCAAAUGUCGUUCAAGUCGUCACAGAUAGUGAAUCAAGCAAUAAGUCUGCCGGGAGGAUGUUAGAGAAAGAACACCCACAUUUGUAUUGGACACCAUGUGCUGCUCAUUGCUUAGACUUGAUGUUAGAAGACAUUGGGAAAAUACCGUCCAUCUCUAGAACAAUGCAGAGUGCGGUGGAGUUGAAUAGUUAUAUCUAUAUGCGUCCAAAGUUGUUGAACAUUAUGAGGAACUUUACUCAUAAAAAGGAGUUGCUUAGGCCCGCUAAGACUCGAUUUGCUACAUGUUUCAUCACAUUAUCAAGUAUUCACAAGCAAAAGAAUAACUUGAGAAAGAUGUUUACUUCAGAAGAAUGGAAUCGUAGUAAAUGGGCGAAAGAGGAAGCCGGUAAAAGAGUUGCUUCUUAUGUUUUGAUGCCUUCCUUUUGGAACAACAUUGUCUUUAGCCUUAAGGUUUCCGGUCCUCUUAUUCCGGUUUUGAGAUUAGUUGAUGGCGAGAAAAAGCCUCCCAUGGGAUACAUUUAUGCGGCUAUGGAUAGGGCUAAAGAAGCCAUUGCAAAAUCAUUUGGGGAAGUAGAAGACAAAUACAAGGAUAUCUUUGAAAUAAUUGAUAAGAGGUGGAAUGUUCAACUUCAUCGCCUUUUGCAUGCAGCAGGUUAUUAUUUGAACCCAGAAUACUUUUAUUCAAAUCCGAAAAUUGAAGAAGAUGAAGAGAUUGCAAAGGGUUUGUAUGCACGCAUUGCAAGGUUAAUCCCAGAUAUCAAAGACCAAGACAAAAUUACUGAGGAGCUGUCCUUAUAUUCUAAAGCUGAGGGCCUCUUUGGUAAUCCCUUUGCUAUUAGACAGAGAAAUACACGAGGACCAGGUAAAGUGGUAAAGUAUAUUAAGUUAGUAUAGCUAAGUGUUAAAAUUAUUUUGACAAUAGAGUCGAUAGAAAGAUGAAGCUAAAGUUGCUAAACAUCAUUAUUAAUUUUUUUUAAUAGUUAAU